AUGCACUUCUUCAAGAUUGCUCUCGUUGUCCUCACUCUUUGCUUCAUCACCUAUCUCGGAAAGAGCAAUGCUGCCACACCAUAUGACAUCUUCCAGUUUGUCCAGCAAUCCCCUUUGGCCUUCUGCUACGGAACCAAUAUCUGCGGAGACCAACCAGUACUGCCCCGUACCUUUACGACGCACGGCCUCUGGCCAAGCAGCCGCACCAAUCCAGCUGCUCCUUUAACCUGCGCUGGUACCGCAUUCAGCCGUAGUGAGAUGAAUGAUCCCAACAAUCAUUAUCUGCAACUAUUUUUGUCCUAUUCCUGGCCCAACUUCAACAUUAGACAAACAAAUAUGGAUAUCUGGGAGUAUGAGUACAACAACCACGGCAGGUGCUCGGACAAUACAUUUUCCCAGACACAAUACUUCCAUGAAGCUUAUAGAUUGUGGUCUACCUACAAUGCACUCCAUCUAUUUUCUCAAACAACUUGGAUUGUACCAGGCUAUCCAUAUCGUUAUAUCGACCUUGAAUUGGCCAUUCGACGGACUAUAGGAGGGAAAUCACCUCUUCUUAUGUGCAAGUAUAACGGGUUGAGCCCGUAUCUGGUGGAAGUCGUCAUCUGCUUUGACUACAACGCAGCGAAUCCGGUCGAUUGUGUCAGGACAACAAAUUGUGGAAAUCCUAAUGCAUUGGUAUGGUAUUUACUCUUCUAG